GGGUGCAGCAUGGUGGGUUGGAGGGUAGGAAGAAUUGGGCGGAGAGGAGGAGGGAGGAGAGCGAGUUUGUGGAGGCGAGCCCGGAGGUGCUGAUUGUUGGGGCCGGCCAGUCCGGUCUGACUGCCGCUGCACGGCUCAAGAUGCUAGGGAUUCCAGCUCUCAUGAUCGACAAGAACAAGGCCGUCGGCGACAACUGGCGCAAGCGGUACAGCCAGCUUGUGCUGCACGAUCCGGUCUGGUACGACCACAUGCCGUACAUUCCCUUCCCCGACACCUGGCCUAUCUUCACGCCCAAGGACAAGCUGGGGGACUGGUUCGAAUCGUACGCCAAAUCCCUCGAGCUCAACGUGUGGACACAGGCGGAGUUGGUCAAAAGCUCCUGGGAUGAGAAGGCAAAGGUGUGGACGGUGGAGAUCAAGCGCAUCCGCCCUGACGGCCAGUCGGAGACAAGGACGUUGUCCCCAAAACACCUCAUCAUCGCCACAGGGCACUCCGGCAAGGCGUACAUGCCGUCUAUCCCCGGGAUGGACUCGUUCAAGGGCGACGUCAUCUGCCAUUCAGGUGACUUCCCUGGCGCCCAGGAGAGCGGCAAGGGCAAAAAGGCGGUGGUCAUCGGCGCAUGCAACUCUAGCAUGGACAUCUGCCAAGACUACGUCGAGAAGGGGUACGACGUGACGAUGGUGCAGCGUUCAUCCACCUUCGUCAUCUCGAGUCAAAGCUCCUUGAAGGUCGCUCUCGGCGUCCUCUACGAGGAGGUCAGCCCGCCGGUGGAAGACAGCGACAUUUUCGUCUGGGGCAUGCCGAGCCCGGUGCUGAAGUCUCUCCAGGUGGAUAUCACGACGAUCGCGGGGCAGCUUGACAAGGAGAUUCUGAACGGGUUGGAAAAGGCCGGCUUCAAAGUCGACACUGGCCCAUCAGGGGCAGGCAUCUUUGGCAAGUACCUGCAGAGGGGAGGAGGUUACUACAUCGAUGUUGGCGGCUCGGGGUUGAUCAUCGACGGCAAGGUCAAGGUCAAGCACGGCCAAGAAGUGGAGCAGAUCCUGCCGACGGGCUUGAAGCUUGCGGAUGGGACAGUGUUGGAGGCGGAUGAAGUUGUGUUCGCGACGGGUUACGACAACAUGAGAACGACGGCCAAGUCGAUACUGGGGCAGGAGCUGCCGGACAAGGUGGGGGAUAUCUGGGGCUGGGACGAGGAGGGUGAGAUGCGGACCAUCUGGACGAACAGUGGGCAUCCCGGACUCUGGUUCCAUGGCGGCAACUUGGCCAUGUGCAGGUACUACUCGAGGCUGGUGGCUCUGCAGAUCUUGGUCAAGGUGAAGGGCUUGGAGCAUGCUUAGGUUCGGAUCGGGGUAGUAGGUUGGGGCGUAGAUGGGGGCUUAGAGCAUACCAUGCUACAUACAACGGAUGUCAUAUUAAGCAAAAGCUCACACCACUAGCUACCUAACCAACCACGCGGUUCACCUAUGGCC